GCUGGACAUGGUCGAGAAGAAAGAAGGAAAAUGGAUCCAUGAAUUAAGAGGUUAUGCGCUCAUUGGCACUGUUUGCCAUAAGAGCAAUAUUGGUGAGGGCGAAGGCAUUGCUACUACUUACUCAGGAAUUCAUACAAUGGCCCACGAGCUAUGUCACGUGUUGGGUUCCCCCCACGACGAAAGCCCCGAGUGUCCUUGGAAAGAAGGAUACAUGAUGAGUUACGUGGACGGAGGACUAAAAAAGUACCGCCUCUCUACUUGCAGUGAAAGGUCCAUACGAAAUGUCUUUCAGAAGCUUAAGCUAGAAUGCAUAGAGGUGCAGACAAAGACGAACUACAUGAGUAAGCACAAGCAAUAUCCAGGCCAAACAGUGCGUGCGGUGUAUUACUGCAAGAAGAUAUUCAAGAAACCUGGAGCAAAAUGUCAUAUUGCAAAGGAUGAAGAACUUAGCAUGAAGUGCAAAAUGGCGUGUUGCUGCAAGGUGGGUGGUAGAGGCCAUUGCUUAAAGGUGAAUAUUCUACCAGGGAUGUCAUGCGGCCAUGGAAAGACAUGCAAGAGGGGUGUUUGUGGAUUUCACCACUUCAAUUAGUUAACCAAACUGCAAACAGGAUUUUGCUUGACCUCUCUAAUGCACGCAACGUAAAAUAGUCUUUGUUAAAAUAAAUUGCUUGCAAGUAAUUAUGGAGUACACAUUACACUAG